AUAGCAACGUCCCAGGUCACAACUCUCCCCAACAGAGACCGUCACCCAAUCUGUAUGAUGAUGUUCCAUCAGAGACAAGCAGCAAUCCCAGAUAUGGAAAUGUCCCUGGGUACAAUCCCCAGAGUCCACAGAGAAUGCCUGCAAGGUCCACUCCAGAUCUGUACGAUGACGUCCCUUCGGAAACCAGCAGUGCCAACAGAUACAGCAAUGUUCCAGGCUAUAGUCCCAGUAAACACCAACCACAGACGUCAGCCAGAUCUACACCAAAUCUAUAUGAUGAUGUGCCUUCAGAGUCUGGCAGUGACCACAGGUAUGGAAAUGUACCAGGAUACCAUCGCCCACCAAUCCACAGACCACAGCCAGUACCACGAACACGCACACCAGAUAUAUAUGACUAUCCACCAGGCAGCAAUACGCCAGAGUUCAGAGAAUCACCAAAUCCAUCGCAGCGAGGGUUUCAAGAUAGCAAUCGACAGUCACCAGUCCCAGCAGCUCGUGUAAAACCUGUUCCUGCUCAUCGACCUUCACCAUUGACCGUGCAACCGACAAUGAUUGCAGCAUCCCCAUCGGUGCAGCCACCACCUCAACAGAGAUUCACUCAGCCGCCCACCUACCGUACAGUGCCUCGGGACAAUGUCUUGUACCUCCAGCAGAAGCUGAAAUCUCCAAAUGAAGAGAGUGUGGAGACUGAGAUCUAGAUUAAAGAAACAGUAGAGAAAAAACAGAAAUUAUCAAUACCACUUGCAUCAGUUUGAAAAAAGAGAAAGGAAAGAUUGGGUGUCAUGCAAACAGAAAGGUUUGACAAGUUAUUUUGUUGGUUACAAUUUUGAAAGGAAAAGAUGUAGGGACCAUUGAGACGUUUUUUAACAUUGUGGUUUUGUGGCUUUUGUUUGGUAUCACUGUAUCACAGAGAACGUACAACACUAUCCGAUAUAUGAAGAAGUACCAUAUCAGCUGUAAUUGUUUGUUGUGAUUGAGAGGAAAACUUGCCUUACUUUAUAUUUAAUAUUUUAGCAAAGAUGGACUUAUUUAUAUGGAACAUAUUUUAUAAACCAUGCUCAAUCCAUAUACUUGUGUUCGGCUAUUUUACAGAGAAUGGUGCAAGGUACUCAAGCUGUUUGGUGCUGUCUAACAUGAGCGAGCUGAACUUUCUGAAAGGAGAAAGAAAUAUUCUCUCUAUAAUCCAAAGUUCCCUGAUAGCCAUUUUUUUUAGAAACGUGGUAAUCAGCUUUUAUAGAAUAUAUGUCACAUUCCAUACCCGUCAUAUAUGUUUUGUUUACCAAGGAUUGUAAUUCUUUCCCUUAAAACAUCUCACACUGUCAAGGGGCCAAUUCAACAAAGUGAUUUUCGUGCAAAGAUGAUCGUAACUGCCAUACACCAGUGUGUGACCGUCGUAGUGCAGAGAUUGUAUUGUCUAGAAUGGCUCUGGAUAGAAUAUAAUGUAUUUGAAAUGUGAAUUCCCGUGCGAAAUCACUUCUACCUCAGAUUGUAUGUGAUUAUGGUAAAUUCUAUCGCAAAGUGUGCCUUAGCAGAAACAGGGUGUAGAACAUCAUAGGACACUUUUAGAACAUUGUAGAACAUUGUAGACUUAAAACUUUGCCAGCCGUAGGUGAUGGAUAUAGGGACAUUGUCUCAAGAAAUUGUUUUAAUAUAAUUUUCAUGAUUUUGUCAUUUCAGAUUUUUAAUAAUAAUCACUUAACAUUUUCUAACUAAAACAUACUUUGUGUAUCUUUCAAUUCAUUUAUUCAUUUUAGCCAUACAUGCAAGUUAUAUAUUGUUUUAUAUGUAUAUUGUCGAUGUUAUCUAUUAACAUAAAAAGUGCUGAGGUUAUACAUAUAAUAAGAAAAUAAAAGAAACAGAUAAUGAUAUGCCUUAUGUCAAGAGGAAACUGAGUUGUUUUAUAUUGUAAUUUUCUGGUUGCUUUUGGUGAACAACAGAUGAAGUAAAACACACAUGGUGAUAUUUCAUUUUCAUUACGUUAUUAAAAUUAAUGACAGAUAAUAGGGGAUCAUUCAAAUACUAUGCAAUAAUGGAUGACAAAACUCUUACUGUCCAUAUAUAAAGAGUGCUUGGAUAGUUGGCAAGGUGAUAACCAUGUACCGAUUCUAAUUCCUGCAGUAUUCCUAUAUCAUUGAUAUAUAAUACAUAUCAUGCAUAAUUUGCCUCUAGUGUGAAGGGGAUGUGUUUUAGGGAAAGUAGUUUCUACUAAAAUUGUUUCCAUGAAAUUAUUUGAAAAGGCCUGAUGAUUUCAAGGCCACAUUUUGCUAUUUUCUGGUAUACAAGUCACUACUGAGUUGGUUUAAACAUAAAAAGCUAUCCCUGUCUAUAUAUUUUAUUUUUGCGUUAUGUUCUGGGAUGUAACUGAUGUGAUAAUAUUUGAAUCCUGGUUGAAGAAUUGCUGUAAUUUUAAUUCUUUUGGUUUUAUUAUUAGAAUUUUAGAAAUAUUGUGGACUUGUGAUUGUGUACAUGAACACUCAUUCAAAUGUCAUAGUUUUUUACAGUAAACUUCCCAGAGAUGAACUACAUUGAAAGCCAUUUUGCCAAAUUCAUUAACAGUGUAUAUAACCACUGAAGCCACUUUUGGAGGAAUUGUAUGUUCGGUUUUUCUGAAUAGUUUGGUAGAUUUAAACAUCAGAUGAUACCUUGUACUUUUGCAACGUCAAAUUAAUUUGACAUUUUUUGGUAAAAUGUUUUUGAAUAUUGAUUUAAAAUUUAGAUAAAGAGCUACAUAUCCUCUUGUCGUUUAUUAUAUAUUUACAAUUGAUUACAAUAUUGAUUACUGCCUUGUGUGAUAUGCAAUGACAAAUAUCCACAAGUGGGGAGUGUGUGUGUACGUCCUAUUGUCAACUAGCCUCCAAGGCAGCAGCAGCAGCAACAUUUAAGCAUUUUAAUCUUGUACAGAAACCUAAGGCUUUCUUUUUGUACUGUUUUUACCAACUUUUGUAAAUACUAGAAUUUGUAUGUGUAGAUACUAGAUUUCCUGUCUUCAAUGGUUUGGAGUAUACAUUGAAUAGAACCUGUUUGUACUGUUUGAAAACAGCAGCAAAAUUCAGAUUUGAUGAAUUGUGUGAAUGUCCGAAAACUGAAUUGUUUCUUUGUACAUGUUUGAAGAAAUGGCAUGUUUUAAAAGCUGAUCAUGUUAUAUUUUGUAUGUAUGAUUUAUACUUUUAUAUAUACAUUGUAUUUCAUAAGCACCAGGUGUCAUUUGCCUUUGAAACAAGACUACAGCAAAAACAUCUCACAUAUUCAUUCUGAGCACAAAAGGCCUUCAGCUUGUUCCUAAUAUUUUGUCCAUGAGCAGGGGAACAGAUGACCGCUUAUAUGCUGAGUUGGGAACCUGGGCUGUAGUCGAAGGCAAGGGGAGACUACUCUCAGCUGCAGGGUUUCUUUUUUUAUAUAAAUAUCAUCUAUUGCUGAUUGGUCUUCCACAGUUAUCAACAGGGUUUAUUUUUUAUGUAUAUGCUUUUAAUCAUGCGAGUCCUGUCUAUCGCAGUCCACAAUGGACAUUUUAACUCUGUUAAAUGCACAACAUGCAGCAUGAAACUCCUGCCUUCCAAUUAAAUAGACAGACUGCAACAAAAACAUGUACAUCUUACAGUGCUAAGGUUAUUAUACACACCUACAGAAUAUUCUGUAAUAGUGCUGUACAUUGAACAUUAGUUUGUUGAUCCUUGUGACUUGGACUAACGGGACCGGGUGGUCAGACUCGCUGACUUGGUUGACACACAUCGGUUCCCAAUUGCGCAGAUCGAUGCUCAUGCUGUUGAUCACUGGAUUGUCUGGUCCAGACUUGAUUACUUUACAGACCGCCGUCAUAUAGCUGGAAUAUUGCUGAGUGCGGCGUAAAACUAAACUCACUCACUCACCUUGUGACUUGACUGUCAACUUACUUCAGGCUCUGUAUAUACGUAGCUUUAGAGGUAGCUGUCUAUAUUUCCAUGUCUGUUGAUGUUUCCAUGUUUUCUGAAAACUCUAAAUUUAUGUCUUCGUCUCUGGUUAUAUUCUCAUUGUUUUGUGUUGCCAAUUCAUUGCAGACAUAUGGAAGGGUUGUGCUGCAGUAAGUCAGUUGUUGGUAGGCCUGUAACAACCUGUUUAUAUAAGCAACAUAUUGUUUUCUUUCUUUUUCCCCCUUAUGUUAACAGGUGAGAAUAUUGUAAAUAUUGACAUAAAUCCAUUCCUGUUUCUAUGUGAUACUGACACAGUAAUCUGUAUAAAUUCAAGCUCAAUCAUAUAUCUCAAUCAAUCAUCAUCCUUGAUAUUUUCUCCAUCUUGUUAAGGAAAGUGUCAGAUGACUGUGAUCACACUGAUCUCAUUGUCAGUUCCAUUGUACAUAUGUCAUUUUCAUGCUUGUCAGAAAUGAGAUCGUUUAUACAUCUAUUUGAUAAUAAACAAUUAAGAUAA